AUGACCGACGACUUGACAUUGCUGAAUGAGAACAAGACUCUACUUGAGUCGAUAUUCCUGGCUACAUAUGCCGUGGAUGAUUUAUGUUCUGGAACCAAGCUAUCACUUCGAUCGCAGCGACUACUCUGCACCAUCCUCUCGUCUUUGAAUAGCAGUCUUCGCAAUGCUUCAGCGCAACAAUCCUACUCCACCAUACUUAUCAUAUUGAUUCUGCUCUUUGCAGCUGAGUCGUUUCAAGAUUUUGAUGCUGUUUCAACACACCUCGACGGACUGAGGAGGUUGUUGGAAUUGCGUGAGACAAAGCCGGUGCCGUCGGACUCUAAACUAUUGUUCAAGAUCCAGCAGGUCGAUCUUAGGAUGUCGUUGGCGACGGGUCAGCCAUUGUGCUUUCCUUUCGACUAUUCAUACUGCCAACAACCUGCCAGCGUCAUUAGCCUGUCAAGUACUUUGCCCUGGUUGAUGGUGCAUCCCGCGUUGAUGAGUUGCUACCAGACAUUGCAAGCUUUGUCAAAUCAUGCGAACCGAUGUCAAUCCUCAAAGUCGAAAAGAAUUCUCAAUUGGUUGGACUUCCAGUCUCAGGUUAGCACGAGUCAAACUCUGUUGAUCGGUCUGGGAGACGGUCAUCUCCCUGUCGUAUCCGAAGCUCUGCGACUUGGCAUGCUUGCCUUUUUGUCCACACUCUCGCGUAGUCCGGUACGGAAAUCUCACCUACCAAUAUUUACCUCACAGCUUGAGGAGUGCUAUUUGGCUAUGAAACAAGAACAAAAUUCCUACAUGCCAUUGCUUCUUUGGCUGAUGUUGAUGGGGUAUAUCUCUACUAUCGACACAUCGAGCUCGAUAUCAUUUUCAGUAUGGAGAUCUUCUGUUGAACCAGACCUCUCUUGGGAAACUGCGCGAAAAAUGGUUGGUGAAUUGCCGUGGAUUGAGAUGAUACAUGAUGAGCCCGGAGAACUAAACUUUAAGCACCUACAAGCUCGAAAGGGCGAUAUAGGAUCUAAAUAUUAAAAAAUACACAUAAACCUCAGAUCUAAC